AUGUCGUACUCAAGAGGAUCAAGAGUAACUGAAACCUGCUCAUAUUCUCCAUCAUCUUGCAGGCAAAGUAGCUAUUCGAGGUAUAGGAGUCGUUCUAGGAGUGUGGAUUCAAGUGACAUUGAAAACCCUGGGAACAAUCUAUAUGUGACUGGUCUGUCAUCUCGUACAACAGAUCGAGAUUUGGAGAAGCACUUCUCUGCUGAGGGAGAGGUGAUCGAUGCAAGUAUAGUACUUGACCCAUGGACAAGGGAAUCACGGGGCUUUGGAUUUGUUACCAUGGCCACUCUCAAGGAGGCAGAACGUUGCAUCAAAUAUCUGGACAGUUCUGUGCUGGAAGGUCGUGUCAUUACUGUUGAGAAGGCAAAGAGAAGACGAGGUCGAAACCCAACAGCUGGAAGGUAUCUUGGCUCCAAAUCGUCACGUGGGCGGAGGUAUUACCCAAGUAUAUCCCCUGUUAGGAGAGACCGUUACAGCUCACGGUACUCGCCUGAGUGGGAGCGAGAGCGGGAGCGGAGAUCAUGCAGUCCCUCCGACAGGUCCAACUCUCCAUACGAAAGGCGCAGAUCAUACUCCCCAUAUGGAAGGCGCAGAUCAUACUCUCCCUAUGACAGGCGUCGGUCAUACUACUCACCUCGCCAUGGUCAUCGCUACCGUUCGAGAUCUCCCUACCGUUACGGAAGGCGGAGGUCACAUUCCUAUGGCCGUUCUGUUUCACCAUACUACAGCAGGCGCUCGUCUCCUAGGGACAGAAGACGCGGCUCUUCUCCAAGUGUGUCGCCGUGCACGAGCUACUCGCGCAGCUGCUCUCCAGUAUCAGAAGAAUCGAGGAGCUGUUCUCCGAGGACAGGAUAUGACGAAGAAGUCAAGCAAUCGCGCAGCAGGUCAUCAGGCAAGAGACAUUCAAGGGAAAGCUAUGCUCACAGCCGCAGCUCCUACUCGAGGUCUGUUUCUAGGGAGCGCUCCAGCUCAUCUAGGGCCUGAUGGUUUAGGUAGCAACGCCACCGUAUUUUGUCGCAACCCUGGAUUUAUAAUGCUUUGUAGUAAUCUCUGUUGCGCUCAUGUAGGACGUGCAGAACUAUAUUUUGUCUUUAUUCAGAACAUACAAAACAUAGGAGUAUGUAUGUUGAUGUUAUGUUGUACUGGAUAUUGAUAUUUUGCUAAUUUCGUGCCCA